AACAUAAUAUUCAUUUAAACAGAUUUUUCCUUCAUAACUAAUUUAAUUAAUGAUGAAUGCAUAUAUAUAUAUAAAUAUGUAUAUCACAAGACAACGCACAAGAUGGAUGAGUAGUUUAACUGAGGAACGUUCCAUUGACGUAAAAUGGAGUCCCAUACUAUGUCUAUGGAAUGUUUUUACGUUAAGAGGUGAAGUUGGAUUUGGAUUAACAUUACAAACUCUCACUAGGAGAACGUAUAUACCUUCAAUUCAAUCGAAGUAAUUGAGUAAGCAGAAAAAUAAUUAUAAAUUUUAAAAUGUGCAUAUAUUAUAUAUUAAUCUGCUUGGCGUAGAUGCGCUUAUAAUGAAAUUUAUAACGGAAAAUGUGUGUUUCUAUCCUCUUUCUGUUGUUUUAUUGCAGCUGCUUGAUUCAAUCAAUAUUCAUCAAACAUCAAAACUGUCAUGUUUUAUACAUUUUUAUAAUCUCUGUUGAUUUGUAUCCUUAAAAUGAAUUAACGCAAUUAUUACCAAGCUCGCUAUGAAGCAGGAACAGAAGGGUCAGAAGAAUCUCUUUUGUCAAGCAGCAGUCUUUGAUUGAUUGGCGGACAUGUAAGACCACAUGUCACAGCCAGACGCGACAUUUAUUCGCUUUUAAAAUCAUACAAAAUAGUUUGUAUCCCAUUUACAAUCUCCACACCGAUUUCAUUUCCCCCCUUCACACUCUACCCGCGUUUUUUCAGUCUACGAAUUGGCCCUCGAUCCUUCCCCGCCCACGUGUCAAAAUUUUGACACAUUCCAAAUUCCCAGCACAUAUGAACACACACGGCAGCACAUUUCAGACAUUGCUAAUUGUUCUCAGCAAUUAAUCGCGAACAGGAUUUUAUUGUAACCUCGUUUUCACUCCAAAUCGACAAAAUUAUCAAGUUAUAAAUUGUAGUCACCAAACUUGCGUCAAGAUUAAUACAAUUUGUUAACCUCCCGCGCGAUCCCUCUAAAUUUUCAGGAAACAAUUAUUCUUCUAUUGAGUUCUUUUUGAAAAAAUCAAAAAUUUAUCAAACUGUUUAAAUGUUGUGAUUCAUCGUUAUCGUCGCGGGAACUAAACUCUUUAACCAUUCAAAUUUUGAUAUGGAUGCAGAGCCAACAACCAGUAAUAAAAAAAACGAAAAAUACAAUACAAAUAAUCAACGUUUGAUAGCCGAAAGUGGUGGCCGUUGUAUGAGCACACAAGCGAUGCAAUCGCUCUAUGAUUUCCGACAGAAUAAUUUGCUUUGCGAUGCAAUAUUGAGAUUAGAAGAUGGUGGUGUCUUCCCUAUUCAUCGAGCUAUACUUUCGGCAUGCAGUUCUUAUUUCAGGACAUUAUUUACAACUACAUUGCAUUCUCGUGAAAAAACUGAUGUCCUUCUGCCAGGUGUGACAAGCCCAAUGAUGAAUCUCCUGCUGGAAUAUGCAUAUUUACGAUCCAUUGACGUGAAUCGUGAAAAUGUGUGCGAAUUGCUGACCACCGCGGAUUAUUUGAGCAUUGUAGGUGUGCUCGAUCUGUGCUGCGAUUAUCUAAGAGAUAAUUUAGCGCCGGAAAAUUGUAUAGGAGUGAUGAGAUUCGCCCGCCAACAUUUCUGUAAGAAGCUAGAAAAUGACGCUUACCGUUUCAUCGUAGGACACUUUGUCGAGGUGUCGCAGAGAAGUGAAGAAAUUUUACAUUUACCUAUCGAAGAACUGAAGCCGUUGGUCGGCGCCGAUGAAUUAAAUGUUAAAAGCGAGCAGACAGUUUGGGAGCUAGUUUUGAGAUGGAUAAAUCACGAUCCGGAAUCGAGAAAAGAUUAUAUUGUCGAUCUAAUGAAAAACAUCAGACUCGGUCUCUUGGAUACGCAGUUCUUUCUGGAGAACGUCAAAGAUCAUUCUUACGUCGUUGGCAACGAUGCGUGCAGACCCAUUAUUAUCGAAACUUUGAAAUUUUUGUAUGACUUAGAAAUGAUUACUCAGAAAGAUGGAGAAGUACCAACGCCGGAAAUUGCGCGACCCAGAGUCCCGCAUGAGAUUCUGUUCGCCAUCGGUGGAUGGAGCGGUGGCUCUCCGACAAAUUACAUCGAGACAUAUGACACGAGAGCAGAUCGAUGGAUUCCGAUCGAGGAAACAGAUCCGACUGGUCCGCGAGCUUAUCAUGGACUUGCAGUAGUUGGUUUUGAUAUUUAUGUCAUCGGAGGAUUUGACGGCGUUGAUUACUUCAACAGUUGCCGUUGCUUUAACGCGGUGACCAAGGUGUGGCGAGAGGUUGCUCCCAUGAACGCUAGAAGGUGUUAUGUUAGCGUGGCAGUCUUAAAUAAUUUGGUUUACGCAAUGGGAGGAUAUGACGGAUAUCAUCGGCAAAAAACGGCGGAACGUUACAAUUACAAGACAAAUCAGUGGUCUCUUAUUGCGUCGAUGAACGUGCAAAGAUCUGACGCAAGUGCAACGACAUUAAAUGAUAAGAUAUAUAUUACGGGUGGUUUCGAUGGACAUGACUGUAUGAAUACGGCCGAGGUAUAUGAUCCAAGCACCAACCAGUGGACAAUGAUAACAGCAAUGAGGUCACGUAGGAGCGGUGUAUCGUGCAUAUCUUAUCACGGCUGUGUUUAUGUUAUUGGAGGCUUCAAUGGAAUAUCGAGAAUGUGCAGUGGGGAAAAAUAUAAGCCUUCUACGAACAGCUGGAGCCAUAUUCCCGAUAUGUAUAAUCCGCGUAGCAAUUUCGCCAUUGAAGUCAUCGAUGACAUGAUUUUUGCUAUCGGCGGUUUCAAUGGUGUUACGACCACGUACCAGGUGGAAUGUUACGACGAGAAAACAAACGAGUGGUAUGAGGCGACAGACAUGAAUAUAUGCAGAUCGGCACUUUCGGCCUGCGUGAUUAUGGGUCUUCCAAACGUAUACGACUAUAUUCACAAGCACCGUGAGCGUCUGAUGGAGGAAAAACGCCAGAAAUUACUGGCUCAUGAAGUACGUCGGAGUCAGCAUCAGCAACAGCAACAGGAGCAGCAGCAGACGAGGCAAACUUCGCAAAUUGGCCAAAUCAUACCGACACCACCACCUCUACCACGCUAAUAAAUGAGAACGAUAAUGAUAAUAAGCGGAAUUUCUAAAACCAAAUAUCAUUUAUUAUGUAAAUCAGUCAUGUAACAUCUGUUUCACAUUGAAUUGUGAUGUAAAUUUUGGAUCAUUGCCAGACGUGAUAGCAAUCAGACGAAUGAAGGUCGACCUGUCAAUAGCACAGAGAUAGCUGGUUUAUAUAUUUGGCAAAGACUACUUUUGUCUACUCACGAAGAGAAUAUUUUAUUAUAUUUGUAUAAUUUUCAGACUGCUAUUUUACCCAUAUUUGUUAAAUUUAAUCUUUUUUGAUACUGCAGGUAUUUCUAUUGAAUCUUUUUGCGAUUUUACACGUGCUAUACAAUGCCAUCUCGAGUAAUUAAAUUAAUUGAGAUAAACGGUAAAAUAAUUUAUUCUUUUCUGAAGGAUAAUGUAUCGAUUUAAUUAUUUCAAUAAUAAUAACAGAAUGGUACUGCAAAUUAGAAUAAUUGCAGAUGUGCAUAUAAAAAGUGUAAACGAAAAGAAUAAGCUAAGAAAUUUAAAAAAAUAAUAUAAAAUAUUAUGAAAUAAUUUUGUGAUAAACAUAAAGAGAAAUUGUUCGCGUAAGAAAUGUUUAUUUGACGUUUCUUAAAUACGACGUUGUAUAAGCGAUUGCGUGCAGCAUUGCCGCAUGUAAUAGAAAAUAAAAUUGCAUCAACUUAAUUGUA